UAUGAGCUCCAGAGAAGAAUGCGAAACAUGUCUAAUGGCAACGUGAGUAAAGACAGAAUAGGUCAAGCAGCCGCAAUUUUAAAUAUUAUUUUAUCAUCACCGGAUGCAACAAGCAGUGUGACCUGCGCCUUAAACGAAAGAGCUUCUUUGACCGCCCGCAGUGAUUCAGUUGAGACAGAAUUAGCAUCUCUGUUUCGUGCUGGAGCAGCUAGCCGAAGUUUGGAGGUGUCAACAGUAAAUCUAGGACCAAGUUCGGUGGCUCCUGCAGCUCCACGUUUCCAAGCCCAGCAGUGUUUUGGACCUUGGACUACUAACAGGAGAAGAAGAUGCAUAGUUUGCUUUGUUGAUCAUCGGAUUUCUCUUCAGGGUUUUUCCUGGCUUCAAGAAAUCCUUCUAGACUGAAGACCGGAAACAGAACAUCUCUGUUUAACAUAUCUGAGCCAGCAAAUUCAGUCCCAAUGCAACUUUCUAUUAUUCUUGUUCUGCUGCUGCAGCUAUCUUUUCUUACUUCCUUUACAUUAGGAGUCAGUGAAGGCGAUGUCCAACAAUUUUUUAUGGAUGCGCUACAUUGUAAAGAACUAAUUCAAAGGGAAAGAACAGGGGACAUAAGUAGCCAGGAUAGGCUUUACAGAAAACUUGCUGAUCACACUCAGACUUUAUCUGCAAUCCUGUCAGUGUCACUGUUUAAUGAGUUAAGAUACCAUGCAUAUAGAACAAUGAUUGAAGACACGUAUACCUGUUUUCAAUCCAUUUUAGAAGAAUAUGAUGCUAUGCUAAGAUCUCAUGAAUUGAACCCUAGAUGUCUGCUUCCCCCAACAAAAUGGACUGGUUUUCCAGGGCGCCCACGAUAUGACAUCACAUCAAUGCAAAUUUCUCACUGCAUUUCAAUUGGAAUGAACUGGCAGCAGAUUGCAUCUGCCUUCGGUAUUAACCGUCGAACUCUCUACAGACAUAGACAACACUUGGGAAUCCAACCCUUACAAUAUACUGUGCUGACAGACCAAGACUUAACAAGAGUUGUGACUGACAUUCUACAAAGGACACCAAAUGCUGGUGAAACUUAUGUGCUUGGGAGCCUUGCAUCCAGAGAAAUACGUGUUCAGCUUUGGCGUGUUAGACAGUGUCUACGGGAAGUUGAUCCAAUUGGACGGUCAUUCCGCAGGAGGCGUACCAUACGCCGACGGGUUAAUAAUGUUCAGACACCAAAUCAACUAUGGCAUUUUGACAGUAACCACAAGCUGGUGAGAUGGCGAAUGGUUGUUCAUGGCUGUGUGGAUGGCUUUAGUCGAACUAUAAUAUAUCUAAGAUGCUGUAACAACAACAAUAGAGCCUCUACUGUGUUGUGCCUGUUUGUAAUGGGAGUGAAUCAUUUUGGUUUGCCUUCAAGAGUAAGGUGUGAUCAUGAAAUGGAAAACACACUUGUGGCUCGUUUCAUGUUGGAAAGACGGGGGCUGAACAGACGUAGUGUCAUUGCAGGCUUGUCAGUACAUAAUCAGCGCAUUGAAAGAUUGUGGGCAGAGCUCAAUAGGGUGGUCUCGAACCAUUUCAUAAAUCUUUUUAGUUUCAUGGAGCAGCAUGGUAUCCUUGACUCUUUGAAUGAGAUUCAUCUAUUUUGCCUACAUUUUGUCUACAUGCCAAGAAUUGAAAGAGCAACAAUAGAGUUCAGAAACCAAUGGAAUAACCAUGGCCUCUCCACACAGAAUGGGCAGACUCCACUUCAGUUGUGGCACACAGGUGUCAUAAACAACAUGGCACAACAAAAUACAACCGUUGAUUCUAGUUUUGAGCUACAUGAAAAUGUUGGAGUAGAUCAUGGGGGACCAUUGCCCGAUAUUCAGACUAGAAAUAAUGUUGUUAUUCCAGGUAUUGAUGUAGGCAUAAAUGACACGGCACUUAAUUUGAUGCACUGCAAAAUGAUGGAAACUAUGGCAUUGAUUUAUUCUGCUCUGUAGUAACUUUUCUUGAACAAUAUCAGUUGUAAUCUACAGAAUUUGAGCAAAAUUAAAAUUUUGAAAGUGAAGAUAAUCACUAAAUGUUUAAAACUGAAAUGUUCUGUCACUUUGUGAGAAUACAUUUCCAGUAAUAAGAUUUAAAUGCAUAUUGUAUUUUAUUUUAGGUUUAGAAUGUACGUAAAGCUGAAAUAAACAGUACUGACAAUACAUUACUCAAUCUCUCUGUAUUCACAUUCUGGAAGGAGUACAUUUACAAAACGAGAAGUACAAAUUCCAAGAGAAGAUAAACAUUGGUGUAGACCACCAGAUUGAACCAGUAAACACAAGAAAAAGAUAGUAAAACUUCCAACUGGGAAAUUUAUGGUAUGAAAAUAAACUGGAUGUUGUGAGGUAAUUCUAAACCUUUGAAAAUUAGAAUGGUAAAUGAAAAAAAGCUCACUCCCACUAACAUGCCGGACUGUAUAUAAUGCCCUGCAGGUGGCAAUAAAACAAAGAUGAGAAUUUAUCAAAUUUUGAAAAGGAAAAAAAAAAGUAACAAAGAUUACAACAUACCAGGUGAAACAUAGAAUGUGUUUGAAUUCAACUUAAAAUAACUUAUUUUUUAUGUUGACCAUUCUCUCAUCCCUGCUAGUGCCCAGUGUUCCAUUAUAUUACUUCUGAACAAAAUCACUUUGCUAACCUGGACCAGCCUUAGGUUUCGCAAAUAAAUGUCUAAACUUUAAAGCAACAUAACUAUGUACUGUGAGAAAUGUAAUUC